AAAUAACGCCCAUAUAACCCAUUUACGGUACGGUACCCGUCUCCUGGCAGCGGUCAUAAUGCUUGACAUGUGGACUGGCAGCAUGGCAACACGAAACCGGCUCACAAGAAAGAUCCAAAAGAUCCUGGAUUGCAUUCUCAAAUCUUAGCGAGAAACGGUCACAAAAACAGGCCCACCGCAGACAAAAGCCCACUUCUUGGUCCACUUCAAGAAUAUUUAGUGGAAUCUAUCUUUUUCUCUACCACCAUGGGUUUGUUAGAUUCUCUCAAGCAAGGCUUUAACACUGCCGUGGCGGCGGUCCAGGAUGCGGAGGCCAAUUUGCGCGGUGAGAAAUGGCUGGCCGAAGUCAAGGAUACCGAUGGCAACUGGAAGAAAUUGGAGGGAUGGCAGGAGCAGUACGAACCCAAAAAGGAGCCCAAAAAGGAGUCGACCGAGGCCAAGCCAGAAAAGACCGAAACUCAACUGCAACGUCAGGACGCUGCCACCCAGCUGGCCAUCAACACGGUCUUUAGCAAGAUUGAAGAUGGCCUUACCAUGCAAAUCAUGAAUAUCAUGAUGGAAGUGAGCUCCAAGGUGAUUGGUACCACACAUGAAGUCCUCUCCAAGGACAAGACCGCUUCCGAGGCCUCCUUGGAGAUUUUGCCCGUUCUGGCGGCGCUCAACACCAUGCUGCUCUCGUACCGCUUUGACAAGACUGGUUGCGGUACUUCCAACAAAUUCCGCUUUAUCCGAAAGACUGCCUCGGGUGAACUGAGCAAUGUCGUCUUUGACAUGUAUGCUCAAAACAAAACACCCGACGAUAUUGCUGCCGAAAUCAAAGCUGCCUUUGGAGAUGACAAGUCCAGCAUUCGGGCCAUUCUUUUGACCAAAAUUGACGAAACCAUGAAGACUUACUCCGCCCAAAUGGCUGCCGGUGCCGAAGAAGCGGGAGACUCCACCGAGGCGUUGCAAAAGGCUCGAUCUUUGAUGGGAGAAGGACAAAACAAUGUCUUUGCUCAAUUCUUGUCGUUCAUGCUCGUCUCCAAGUUGGAGGUUGUCGAGGAGCACUUGAAGAACUUUAUUGAUGAGUUCCUCGCGUCGUGCAAUGCCGAACACGAAGCCAAAAAAUCCAAAGAAGAUGUCCAGGCAGCCAUGUUUGCAUUUGUCGAGAAAAAGUACAGUGAACGCCUCCAAGAAAUCAUGGGUCAAGUCAAGACCUACACGGAUAUGGCCAAGGCGGCGGUUCUGACAACUCCCAUGGCCGUGUCGGCGGAAACUGCGGAUAGUGCCGGUGAGGAGUAGCAAUCAAAUCUGCUGGAUGGAUGGAUGGAUGCACUGUCGCUGCACUGUGGCUCCUGUACGGAAAGCAUUGUAGGUCACCAAGAAUGAUUGGCCCACUCUUGAGAGGCCGGAACGUGUGCAGAAAGUGAGUAAGUUUAGAUAUUUUCGCAAAGGAACCAACCAGAUACAUACAUCAUGCUUUGAACUAUGGCAGGAGUAGGGUAGAGAGAUGAAAUGCAUCAUCUAACUUUUAAACUCUAGAAGUUGUCAGUUUUAGAAAGGCUUUGGAAAGGAUCCCCUCGCUGGAACUGUACUGAGAAACUAAAUGCAACCGUAGCACGUCCAUUGUGUUUCGUUCCAGUAGUGCUAUGUUGACUGAGUCA